CUAUCCAGAGACCGGUACAACCAGAGGCGCGCCUCAAAAACACACUCAGCUCCCGCGCCUCAAAGCCUCUCCAUUCCUCCCAGGGAGCAGCAGUUUGGUGGGACACACUUCCUCUGAAUUCUCUAGGGCAAAGGAAGAGUACCGAGAGGCAUUUCACCAGAGCGCGAGACGCCAGGGACUUACGUUCACACCCUGGACCGUUGCAACCCCGACGUAUCCCCACCCUCCGUUUUCUAUAGUCUCUAAAAGGAAAACGCGCAUUUCUUACGCAAGAGCAAAAGAACUCUCCAAGGUUUCUUCUUUCCUUCCUACCUCUGUGCGGAGUGCAAUAAGUAAAUUCCUCCCUGAUUGCCUCGAGGCCGGGCAUUUACGCAACUUGAAAAUAGGGCUAGGAGAACAAAUAGGAGCGCGUCUUAAAUCGAAAUCCUUCCCGAAGUCGGCCACUACAUCGACUCACCCCGGCUAGGCGCAACUGUAAAUUGCCUACCUAGCACCCCGGUGCGUGACAUGCAAACUGACGGCGAGGAUUCAGAGCGCGCGCCCGGACCACCGCGGAGCCCUCCAGCUGGGUUCGGGGCCCGCGCGUGCGUACGAGCGAGCUAGCGAGGGGCUCCCGGGCGCGGCGCGUGGUCUGCGCGCGGCCGGCUGUGCGUGUGGCUGCGGGAGGCUGUGUGUGCGCGCAGGGAGGGACAGUCCGCCGCCCGCCCGCGUCGGAGCAGGGUGCGCGCCCUGCGCGGGAGUAGUUCAUGGCAAAUCUUGUAAUUAAAGCAUGAAAUAUGGAAAACAAAACACUUCAGCUGGUACUUUAGUCUCAUGUGAAAUUCUACAGGCAUGUGUCUUAUAAGCAGUAUACAGCAGAAUUUUAAGCCAAUCUGAGAGUCUCUGUUUUUCAAAUCUUUAACUCAUUUGGAGCGGUUUUGGUAUAAGGAGAUAUAUAUAUAUAUAUCAGUACCUUCCUGUUUUUCACAUUCUGUUCUGCGUUUUAAACUUGACUGAGGAAAAUCAAGAAAUUCCAAGCAUUAUUUUGACUGCUACUUGCUAUCAAAUGCUCAGUUAUUGAAAUUGAAGGUUUUUCACUCAAGAGAAAAAUCAAGAAAGAAGGUUUCUCUGGGAACUGGCUGGAACCCGAGGCCUGCAUGCUUCUGAGCUGCUGUGAAUGGCCCCGGCACUCCUGACCACCCUUCCGGCUAGGAUGUCACUCAGAUCCCUGAAAUGGAGCCUUCUGCUGCUGUCGCUGCUGAGCUUCCUGGUGAUGUGGUACCUCAGUCUGCCGCACUACAAUGUGAUAGAACGUGUGAACUGGAUGUACUUCUAUGAGUAUGAGCCCAUUUACAGACAAGACUUCCGCUUCACACUUCGAGAGCAUUCAAAUUGCUCUCAUCAAAACCCAUUUCUUGUCAUCCUGGUGACCUCACACCCCUCAGAUGUGAAAGCCAGGCAGGCCAUUAGAGUUACUUGGGGUGAAAAGAAGUCUUGGUGGGGAUAUGAAGUUCUUACAUUUUUCUUAUUAGGCCAACAGGCUGAAAAGGAAGACAAAAUGUUAGCAUUAUCCUUAGAGGAUGAACACCUCCUUUAUGGGGACAUAAUACGACAGGAUUUUUUAGAUACAUACAAUAAUCUGACCUUGAAAACCAUUAUGGCAUUUAGGUGGGUAACUGAGUUUUGCCCCAACGCCAGGUAUAUCAUGAAGACAGACACUGAUGUUUUCGUCAAUACUGGCAAUUUAGUGAAGUAUCUUUUAAAUUUAAACCACUCAGAGAAGUUUUUCACAGGUUAUCCUCUAAUUGAUAAUUAUUCUUAUAGAGGAUUUUACCAAAAAACCCAUAUUUCAUACCAGGAAUAUCCCUUCAAGGUGUUCCCGCCUUACUGCAGUGGGUUGGGUUAUAUAAUGUCCAGAGAUUUGGUGCCGAGAAUCUAUGAAAUGAUGAGUCACGUAAAACCCAUCAAGUUUGAAGAUGUAUAUGUUGGGAUCUGUUUGAAUUUAUUAAAAGUGGACAUUCAUAUUCCAGAAGACACCAACCUUUUCUUUUUAUAUAGGAUCCAUUUGGAUGUCUGUCAGCUCAGACGUGUGAUUGCAGCCCAUGGCUUUUCUUCCAAGGAAAUCAUCACAUUUUGGCAGGUUAUGCUAAGGAACACCACAUGUCAUUAUUAAUUUGACAUUCUACCCAAAGCCUAGAGAAGGGAGGAUACUUUAUGGGAAGUGUUAUUGUUAGACUAUGAAAUCGCCAAUGAAAAACCCAUGAGAAGGUCACUGUGUGGCUCAAAGCUGAAGCUCAUAAAGAGCCUAUAGACUGGAGACUGGAGGGUUACACUUGGCCUGUGGUUUAUUAUGACAACAAUCAAGUCAAGCCUUUUAAAGGCGAUAUUCAGAGGAAUUAAAAUCUUAUAAAGGAAUGGGAGGGUUUUUUUUAAUAAAACUAAUAGGACCAAACAGUUUGAACAUGUCAUUCUGUAGUCUAGAGCUUCUUAAAUGGGUUUCAUUGAAUUAUAAGCUCAUUUAUCCAUAACAACAAAACAGUGUGGAGCAUUAUUCAUUGAGGCAUCUAGUUAGUUCAGGGUUUUGUGUAUAUCUUACAUGGAUUACUAGUUUCUUUAAAUAUACAGUUCUGUGUAAAAGAAACUGAAGUUAUUUCUGAACAAAGUUUAAUCUGUUUUUGGUCAUUUGGAAGAUAUUUCAAGAUGUUGCAGUAUUAAAGAGUUAUUAAUUAUUAUUUAAUAAUACUUAGAGUUUUACACUUUAUGGAUGUUUGAAUGUUUUGGUUGUUUCAAUACUGCAUAAACAGAAUAAACUUUUUUUCCAGUUACUUCAGUGAUGAAUUUAUGAUGAAUAGCUCCAUUAAUGUGUAGUCAUUAUUGUAUAUCAAUAAUCUCUUGGACUUUGAUAAAUAUUUCAUCGUGGUAAUAUAGAGAAAAAUUAAAGCAAGAAGAUCAAAAUUACUGUCUUGUUUUUAAAAACAUAAUCCCUGGUAUUUUUAGAUGUCACUUCAUUUGUCUCAUUUUUCUGCCUGGAAAUUUGGAGUAAUAUAGACUGCCAGGUAGCAUGUUUCCUUUUAGAAAGGACUCUGAAGCCCAAAAAGAACGAACGAACAUGAUGGCCAGAAUAUCAUGGAAAGCAGUAUCGUAUUUCAGUGCUUGAGUUGGAAAGAGAAGACUAGUAUUUGAGUUGCAGUUAACUGUUCCAUGUUUUUUUCAUUAACAAUCAGUUUGAGAAUAAAAAAGAAUAAAGAAAAAAAGCACUGUUGCUGUUGUUACUAGUUUCACAUCAAGAGGAAAGCCCUACUACAUGGUCUAAAAUCAAGUCUGAUUUCCAUGUUGUAGAGAAAUGCAUUGUUUCAUAGGAGUGGUGACGUAGGUCACCUUUGACCUACUAGUUGGUCCAAGAAGAGCACUCCUUGCCCCCAUAUUCUUGGGGCUGCGCAGUUUCCCAUUAUGCCUGAUAUGGGACAAGUAACUUUCUCUGGAUUACACUAUGGCAAAAGAUCAAAUCUGUUGGGAGAAAAUAUGAACUUUAAAGUAUAUAGUCAGCUCUUAGAACACUCAUACAUUUGUAAUUUUCCUGUAAAAAAGCUUAAUUUGAAUUAGAAGUGUUAUAACGUGUGAUUCCUUAUAACAAGGCUGUUUCCAUUUCCCUCAGACCUGAUCCAAUCACAAUAAAAAUCAUAAAAUAAA